CUCUCUCUCUCCCAAUAUAGUUACCCUUCUGGACUCCAUGUCAGCUCCAGGAGAUCUGGGCUGGGAGGCCUACCCAUCAGAAGGGUGGGAGGAGAUCAGCGUGAUGGAUGAGCGUAACAUCCCCAUGCGCACGUACCAGGUGUGCAACGUGAUGGAGGCCAACCAGAACAACUGGCUGCGCACAGCACUGAUCCCACGUGCUGGUGCCCGCCGUGUUUAUGUUGAACUCAAAUUCACACUGCGUGACUGCAACAGCCUUCCUGGUGUGCCCGGAACCUGCAAGGAGACAUUCAAUGUCUACUACCAUGAAUCGGAUGGUGCUGUACCACCCCCACCACUACGGCACGCUCGUGAGAGCCAGUAUGUCAAGAUUGAUACGAUCGCAGCAGAUGAGAGCUUCACCCAGAGCGAUGUUGGGGAGCGUGUCAUGAAGCUCAACACAGAGGUGCGCCACAUCGGCGGACUCAGCAAGCGAGGCCUCUACUUAGCAUUCCAGGACCUGGGCGCCUGUAUCGCCCUCGUGUCGGUUCGUGUGUUCUAUAAGCGAUGCCCGCUGGCCGUGACGAACUUGGCACUUUUCUCCGACACGGUGACGGGUGGAGACCAGGCACUGGUGGAGGUGCGAGGGUCCUGCGUGAAGGACGCUGAGGAGCUGGAGGCACCACGCAUGUUCUGCAGCGCAGACGGAGGCUGGCUUGUGCCUAUCGGACGCUGUGUGUGCCGGCCUGGGCUUGAGGAGACCGAUGGGCAAUGUCAACCCUGUAGGCCUGGCUUUUACAAAGCCUCAGCCCUGGACGCCUACUGCAUGAAGUGUCCACCACAUAGCUACUCUCAUCAGGACAAGGCUUCAGAGUGUGUUUGUGAAAGGGGCUACUAUAGAGCCGAAACUGACCCUCGCUCCAUGGCCUGCACAAGGCCCCCGUCAGCACCAGGCAAUCCCAUCUCCACUGUGAACGAGACAGCAGUGACUUUGGAGUGGAGCCCGCCACGGGACACUGGAGGCAGAGGGGAUAUAACCUACAGUGUCCAUUGCAGGAAGUGCUCAGGCUCUGUGGGGGAGAUGGUUGAGAAGUGCAUGCCCUGCAGUGCUCACUUCAGCCCACGCCAGUUUGGCUUGGCUCACCCCAGAGUUCAGGUCAGCGAGCUCCAGCCUCGAACCAACUACACGUUUAGCAUCGAGGCAGUGAAUGGAGUCUCAGAUCUCAGCCCAAGCCCUCGACACCUAGUGAAUGUCAACAUCACCACCAGCCAGACAGUGAGUGUGAUUGUUAAGGAGAGGAGGAGCCGGGACAGCAUCACCCUGGCCUGGCAGGGUCCAGAAAAUUCCGAUGGUGCCAUAGUGGAGUACGAAGUCACCUAUUAUGAGAAGAAUCAGCGAGACCAGAACUACACAGUGCUAAAGACCAAAUCCAACAUAAUGACAGUGGAGGGCCUGAAGCUAGGUACGACUUACGUGUUUAGGGUCCGUGCUCACACUGACAGAGGCUACGGCAACUAUGGAGGAGAGAUUGAGCUGGAGACAAGGCAUGAAGACAUGUUGGCAGUGGGAGAUCCAAACCAGAAGACUAUCUUGGCUGUGUCCAUUGCUGCUGGUGUAGUACUCCUCGUCCUUCUUGUGGCCUGCUUUGUGGUCAGUGGCAGGCACUGUGGCUACAUCAAAGCGAAGCAAGACCCCGAGGAAGAGAAAAUGCAGUUCCAGCACAGCCGCGUCCCACUACCCGGAAGCAGAACGUACAUUCAUCCUCACACGUAUGAGGACCCGAAUCAGGCAAUACGGGAUUUUGCCAAGGAAAUUGACGUCUCCAACAUUCGCAUAGAACGAGUGAUCGGAGCUGGUGAGUUUGGAGAGGUGUGCAGUGGACGUUUGCGUCUGCCCAGUAAAAGGGAGAUCCAUGUGGCCAUCAAGAGUCUGAAAGCAGGCUACACGGAGCAACAGAGGCGGGAUUUCCUCAGUGAGGCAAGCAUCAUGGGCCAGUUUGACCACCCCAACAUCAUCAGACUGGAAGGGGUUGUUACCCGAUGUAAACCUGUGAUGAUAAUAACGGAGUACAUGGAAAAUGGAUCAUUGGACUCAUUUCUGAAGAAACAUGAUGGCCAGUUUGCAGUGAUUCAGCUUUUGGGCAUGAUGCGUGGCAUUGCUGCGGGGAUGCAGUAUCUCUCUGAAAUGAACUAUGUGCACCGAGACCUUGCAGCAAGAAACAUUUUGGUAAAUAGAAAUCUGGUGUGUAAAGUGUCAGACUUUGGACUGUCCCGCGUGCUGGAGGACGACCCAGAUGCAGUGUAUACUACCAGGGGGGGAAAGAUUCCUAUCCGGUGGACUGCUCCAGAGGCCAUAGCCUACAGGAAGUUCACUUCAGCUAGUGAUGUGUGGAGUUACGGUAUCACCAUGUGGGAAGUCAUAUCCUAUGGGGAGCGGCCAUACUGGGAGAUGUCUAAUCAGGAUGUGAUAAAGGCCAUAGAUGAGGGCUACAGGCUGCCAGCACCGAUGGACUGCCCUGUGGUGUUGCACCAGCUCAUGCUUGGCUGCUGGGAGAAGAACCGCAGCGAUAGGCCUAAGUUUGGACAGAUUGUCGUCAAUCUGGACCAGUUGAUCCACAACCCCAGCAGCCUGAAACAGCUGGCCAACAGCACGGUCUGUGAACUUGGGAAGAUUGGAGUUGUGUUGGCUGGCCAUCAGAAGAAAAUCCUCUCAAGCAUUCAGUGCCUGCAUGUACAACAGCAUCAACAUCAGCAGCAGGGAACCCACGUGCAGGUAUAAAAUCUAGACUCCGGUUAAGCCGAACCUCCUCACUCCUAGCUCCAUCCUCAGACCGGUGUGUCUUCCUGUCCAUCAUUCCAGCCAGCCACUCCCCGAUCAGCACUGAGAUCAACAACGCACAUCUGCCUGCCUUUUCUGAUUUGUGGCUAGGGUCAGGGGCACACAUCCAGGCAUCUGGGCAGUGUUAAAGACAGAGCCUCAUCACAGUCUGGAAGUGAGAAAAUUGCUCUGUGAUGUAAAGGAAGCACUGGGGAGCCUCAUUUUAUACCUUUACUCUGAACAAGAGCUUCAGUAUGAGGAAGAGAGGACCACAUGUUGUAAAAAAACAACAACAACAACAACAACAACAACAACAACUUGUUUUGUAAUAAUAUGGAGGUCUGUUGACUUGAUGCUUUUAGUGUUGAUGUAGGUGGUGUAUGUAUACAACAGGUGGAUGGAUUUCUGCUAUAUGACCACAGGUGAACUUAUGGUAGGGUAAUAGUAUUUUCCAGCAGGUGACAGAUACCUCACCACACACAUACAGACUGGGAAUGGAUGCAUUGUCACACCAUAUGCCAUCCAGACUGUCGUCAUGAGAGUGGAGUGCAGAGUGCUCAUAUUCAAUUAGCCUGUCAGAGGCAAAGGACAAUGGAGAGAUAAGAACCAACUGGAUACUUCAAAACCAUAAGGAUUUGACCAGGAAAUGUGUCACCUGUCUUCAAUUAUUUUCUUUUUUUUUUUUCUUGAUGAACUGAUAUUAAGAGUCAUUUCUUUCACUGACACUGAGUUGGAUGUGUCUUGCUGUUUCAUGUGAUAUGAACAUCAUAGUGCUGUAUGUUCCCCUACUCACUCUUAGGAGUAUCAUCAUGCAGUACCUUCGCCGCUGAAGCACAGAAAUAUUUGUUGAAAAAAAAAAAAAUUCAGUCCCUGUGUCAUGUUUCUCAUGUACAUAAUACCUUAUACUUAUUAAUGAUAGACUUCAGAAUAGACCUGUUCCAAAAAGGGGUCUGGUAUCACACUUAAAUUACAGUUCUGUUAAGGUGAAAGAAUGGGAAAAGGUUACAGUGUACAGUUGUUUGAUGUGUGUUUGUACAGCCAUGAUGUUGCGCCUCAAGGAUUUUGUCGGUUGUACACUCAGACGAGGAGAUGCCUCGUUUCAGCGAUGGACAGAACAGGAUUGUACAGUGAAUGUAAUGGAUGUGUUAGCUUUAUUGCAGGUCUGAAAAGCUAAACAGUUUCUCAGGAUUUUUUUUUAUUUUGUAUUUUUUCUCAUGUACAUGUUUUCAAGAAGAUAGUGGAGCUGAAUAACUGGAAGAGAACCUGAAACAUCAUCUUCACACCCUCCAGAAUUAUUGCCAUUCUUCAAAAUGAUUGGAACCCAUCAAAAAAAUGAUUAUAUAAACAUUACACACAUUCAUUCAAAUUUUCCAUCACCAUGGGGGGGAGAAAAAAAAAACAAAGAACCUUUCAGCACAAAAUAGACAGCAUUGUUUACCUAUACAAAUGAGGUUUUUAAAAAAAAAAUAAAAAAAAAUACAUAAGCAAUUAAAUAUGAUUAAGCAUAAUUAGGUCCAUAACAAAAAGAUUCACAUGUGUAAAACAGUUGAAAAAUUGCCACGAACUCUACCCAUGAGCGCAAGGUACCCCCCCCCCACACACACACACACACACACUGUGAUCACAGUCUUUAGAAUAAGACAAUUUACUUCAUUCUUGUGUUUGUACAUUUUAAACUGUUAAAACUGGUAAAUGCCAGUUUCAUAGCAACAAACGGUGUGGAAACAUUGCGAGAAGCCUUUCCUGAGAGCGUCUCACAAAAAGAAGCACAAAGCAUCAUUAAACCACAACUGACAUCAUAUAUUGUGAUUUGAUGAGACCACGAUCAAGCUGUUGGUCAUACACCACCAGAAUUUUUGGCGACAUAUGAAAAGCACCUGAUACCCAUUGGGUUAUUGAUGCUGUUUGUGACUGGUGGUACAGCGGGUCAUGAAGAUCAACGUCAUUUGGAUUCUGUUAAACGCCAGAAUAUUUUAGAACAAAACAUGUUUGCCUCUGCCGGGAUGUUCAGACUUCGCUAUAGAUAGAGUUUACACCAAGAUGAUCAAAUCAAAAGAGAAAUGAUUCAAGAGACAUGAAAUCAGUGUUUAUCAACAACCGUCUCAGUUUCUGAAUUUGUCCCCUACAAAUAAUCUGCAGCCUGAAUCAAAGAAGGACGUCCACACACACGAAGUUUAGAAUCUAAAGGAGCUUGAAAAGUUCAUGUAGGAGUCUCCAGCCUUGUUAGACUACUGGAAGAGACUUGUUGUUAUUCUCCCCUGAUCAGGCAUCAUAAGGUAUUACUUGUAAGGAUUUUUUUUUUUUUUAAACUUAUUUUCAUGAAGGGUACCAAUAGUUCUGGAAGGCACUGUACAUUUGAAUUUUUCUUUUUGUAUUCCUUCUUAAUGGUCCUUUUACAUUAUCAUAAAUGAAUCUAUGGUUCAUUUUUGCUUUGAGUAAUAUGAAGAAUAAAACUGUAUUGUAACCGCAGUUACAUGUACCACAAAGAUUUGGCAGUACAUUAAAACAUUUGUUUGAGAAGAACUGGCUGCAAAUUAAAGUCCUGGUUACGUGGUUCCUCUAUGAUACUUUGGAAAAGUAUUUGUUUAGUGCAAUGGUAACUAAAAGGCAGAAAUUUCUGUUAAUUUAUUUAUUUCCUUAAGGAAGGCCAACAGAAUUCCUGUUUGUUUAUUGUGUUUGCAUAUACGGAAUAAAGAGUU